AUUCUUAUUUUUGUACAAAUUGCCAAAGCAGGUUGAGUUGCACAGUUUAACCAACUAACCACUCUAUUACUCUAACACACCCACUCCAUUAUCAUUUUAUAUAUACACAUACCAAACUUGAAUUGAAAAUAAUUUCCUUUCCCCACGUAAAUCAUUCUAACUUGCUCAUAAAGACAAACAGGAACCUAAAUAUAACCCCAUUCUAGGCACCCUGUUGAUAGAUAGCUAUAUAGGUUAAUAAGCUAUUGGAAUAUUAGAAGUUGCUAUAGCUAUACACACAUAAAAUUUGGGGAUAAGGAAAGAUGAGAAACCGUAUGGAAAGAUUAGUAGUUCCAUGCUCUUUCAGCUGUGCUUCCCAUUCAAGUGUGGAAUUAGGUGCACCCAAAGGACCAAAAGAAGAUUCAAAAGGCACUAUUGUUUCAAGAAGACAAGAAGGACAAGAUAGAUCAAUCAUCAAGGCUAAAAUGAAGAGAGGCAAGCCUUCUGGGUUUCUGGUUCUACCAAAGCCCAAUGUAGCUGCUGGCAUACAGAGAAUAAUCAAGGGCAUCAAGAGUUUAUCUCAAUUAUUUGUUUACAAGAAGGAGGAUGUGGAGGAAAUGGAACCUGAGAUGGAAAUCGGGUAUCCAACAGAUGUGAAGCAUGUGACACAUAUUGGAAUUGAUGGGUCGACCAUUACAAAUAAUGUCAAGGGUUGGGACAACAUGAAGGCACCUGAAUUAUUGUCUUUGUCUCCAAUUUCAUUCAAGCAAUUUGAAUUGGCCAUGGCUAGCCAAGCUCAAUAUCCCCUCAUUAACGAUCCUAAUUCCUCAAAAUGUGGUUAGAACACUUCUGGGAAUGUUGGCACUUCCAACUUCCAAGUCCCUUCUUCUAAUUGUAGAUUAAUCAUGAUUGAUGACAAUGUAUCUAGGAGUUCAUAUACAAGUGCACAAAUUGAAAAUUCGUGAGUGUUUGUAAUCUCUUUCACUCUUUGUUUUGCUCGGUUCUUGAGAUUGCCUUAGCUUCACUACAUGAAGUCUUCCAAUUUAAAAUUGAGUUUUUCUGUCUAUAAA